AACAGCCAACAGUAGCUAUGUGGGGCGGUGUCCAGGCGGACAUAGAUCAGCCUCCACUUUACGCAUCAUUGACUCGCGUAGGUGAACCCACGCUCUUUAGGUUAUUGGUGGGAUGUUAUUUGUUGUCUAGAGUAAAGAUAGGCAAUCGCUUUAAAACACUAAGUGCAUUCGAGGUGAAGCCAUCGUCAGUGGAGUCACAUAAAGUUUUGGUCAUGGGAGCGCGUGAAUGGAGCUCGGCGCGCCUCAGCGUUGUACUUGUCGGAUAUGUUUUGUCCGGAAUGAUGCUUCCCGCGGCGGAGGCUGGCUGCAGGGAGAGGGACAGGCCAACCUGCUGCACCGGGAGGAAUAACGAGUGCUUUGAAUACACAAAGAGAAAAACAGUGUGCUACUGCGAUGCGUACUGUCAGAAAACAAGAGACUGCUGCGAGGAUUACCAGCAAGUGUGCCAGAUAUCUGCAGCCAUUGACUGUGAGGUGGGCCCAUGGGGCUCUUGGUCUCCGUGCACCUCUCCCUGUGGCAUUGGCAGCACAGAGAGGAGUCGACAAGUGUCCGUCCCACCCAGAAACGGAGGAAUGCCCUGUCCGGACCUCAAGCAGCGCCGCGGUUGCUAUGGAAACAACGCAGUCUGUAGCUCAGCCAAAGAGGUGGCAAAGAUCCUGCCUGAUUCAUACAAGAGGAACUUCAAGGACCCAUGGAGAAGGCCACACAUGAUGAUGAAGGAGGAGAAGGCCAGCUACUGUGUGUACCUGAGAGUGAAGCAGGCCAGCGUCACAUGUAAACUGAAGCUGUGGAGUGCUCAACUGGUGAGGGACAGACUCCUCUGUGCAGAGUGUCAGAGCGAUGCCAUGUCCAAAUCAGACCGCUGUGGAGGAGAUGGUCUGGAGGGGUCCAGGACCUUCUGGGUGGCAGCCUCGGUUUCUGGUUGCCAUGGCUCCUGGGUGAGAGAGUCUUCGUCUGAGGGCUGUCACUGUCCACCAUACUCUGUGCUCUUUGUGUGAGUCCAUUUGUCUAAACACAGGAGCAACACAAAACAAGCUACAAGAGACUUUCUAUAGAGUUUACACCACUGAACAUCACCAGCAUCCUGCCACUAUUUCCACUGUAUUGUAUUGACAAUGAUAAAUAAGCUCACAGCAAUAGCAUUUUAAAGCCACAUUAAGUCAUUUUUCUUCCUAAAACACACAAGCCUCUGUAUUGCUUUUGCUUAUCUACCUCCUUUAUUGUAGGUGCAUAAGUUGUGAUGCACCAUGUACAAAUGAAUAGGUCUAUUAUUUUGCUUUAUACAUUUUAUAUUUUGAUGGUGUUAUGUACUGUAAAUGUAAUGUGCCUAAAGUUGUCCAGUCUAAAAAAGUGCAGAAGUUAGGGAUUUUUACAUUUUACUUAAAUAUUUAAUGAGUGUGUGACAUAAAUUACACCAUGUGACCUACAUGCCAAAUGCAAUGCCAGCUUAAUUGACUCUCAGGUCUGGAGCUUAACUAUUAUGUUGAGUUCAUAAUUGAAUGGAGUACAAACAAGGCACAAGUGUUAAUUUGUUUGCUUUGUUUUUUUUUUGUUUUUGUUUUUUUUAAGAAUUAACAUUUAAACUCCGAAUCAACAAAUUAAAGGGCAAGAUUUCUGAUGGCAGGUGCACCAACUGCUUGUCUCCAAGGAGAUAAUGGCAUACUGUGGAACAUUCCAAACCAAACCAAUCUACAUCAACAUCAACAAGUACACCUUCCUCCAGAAAAGUUACACAGUGCACCUUUUAAAAUCUCCACAUUCCUAUAGUUUUUCUAUUUACACAUGCAGCCUGUAGACUGAUGUUAGUGCUAAUAUCAGUAACACCUGUCUACUUUUACGAGUUAAAGGUCUUAUGUGUAAAGCUUUAGUACAAAUUCAACAGGAAGGCACAAUCUAACUAAGAGCUGUUACACGCAAUUUAUCAAUUAACAAGAAAACCUCCCCUCACUCCCAGGAAAUCUGCUACCAGUCCUCCUCAU